GGCCCAGGUGUGUGCAGGAGAGCGCCUCGCCGGCGGGACUCAGGGCUGGAGUCCAGGGCCGCCGCUGAGCCGAGAAGCAGUUGCUCGCCUCCUGGCCCGGCCCCGCUCGUCCGCGUCGCCUCUCUGCCCUCCGCUUGGGCUGUCCGUUCGCCGCAAGGGUGCGGCAUGGGCGGUCCCCGCAGGGGAGUACGGUGCCCCCACUGACUGCCCUUGCAGGAGACCCCAGCCCGCAGCCUCCUCUAGGCGCACCGCCUCGACGGUCAUCCUCGGACCCGCAGGGACUCCCAAAGAGCUGUCACCACCCCGACCUCGGAGCCACGUCCGGACCCCCUGAUCGCCUGGCCCCAAGGACCCUCUGACCGGUGCCCCUCAGGAGCCGUCGGUGGACUCGGGGCUCCAGGAUCCCCAAAGUCCCCUGCCCUCGGCGUUCUCGGUGCCAGCCGCCAAGCCCCGGCGUCGGCUCCCGGGGAUCGGGAUCCGGGGCCGUCGCGGCGGUCCCGCAGCUGCAGACGACGGGGGUCCGGGGGGCACCGCGGCGCCAUGACGGCCGAGAGCGCGCCGCCUCCCCCGCCGCAGCCGGAGGUGUUGGCGGCCGUGAAGGAAGAGCGAGGUGAGGCGGCGGCGGGCGCGGGGGUCCCGGUGGAGGCGGCGGGCCGCGGGGCGGGGGGACGGCGACGCAAGCGCCCCCUGCAGCGGGGGAAGCCGCCCUACAGCUACAUCGCGCUCAUCGCUAUGGCCAUCGCGCACGCGCCCGAGCGCCGCUUGACCCUGGGCGGCAUCUACAAGUUCAUCACCGAGCGCUUCCCGUUCUACCGCGACAACCCCAAGAAGUGGCAGAACAGCAUCCGCCACAACCUCACCCUCAACGACUGCUUCCUCAAGAUCCCGCGCGAGGCGGGCCGCCCGGGCAAGGGCAACUACUGGGCGCUCGACCCCAACGCCGAGGACAUGUUCGAGAGCGGCAGCUUCCUGCGCCGCCGCAAGCGCUUCAAGCGCUCGGACCUGUCCACCUACCCCGCCUACAUGCACGAUGCGGCCGCCGCGGCCGCCGCCGCCGCCGCCGCCAUCUUCCCGGGCGCCGUGCCCGCCGCGAGGCCGGCCUACCCCGGCGCCGUCUAUGCGGGCUACGCGCCGCCGCUCGCCGCGCCCCCGCCGGUCUACUACCCCGCCGCGUCGCCGGGACCCUGCCGGGUCUUCGGCUUGGUUCCCGAGCGGCCGCUCAGCCCCGAUCUGGGCCCCGCGCCGUCAGCGGCCGGCGGCUCGUGCGCCUUCGCGGCGGCGGCGGGCACCGGGAGCUUCCAGCCGGCGGUGUGCACGGGAGCGCGGCCGGUCAACCCCGCCGCCUAUGCGGCCGCCUACGCCGGGCCCGACGGCGCGUACCCGCAAGGGGCGAGCAGCGCGCUCUUCGCCGCUGCCGCGGGCCGCCUGGCCGGACCCGCCUCGCCCCCCGCGGGAGGCGGCAGCGGCGGCGUGGAGGCCACGGUGGACUUCUACGGGCGCACGUCGCCGGGCCAGUUCGGAGCUGCUCUGGGGCCCUGCUACAAUCCCAGUGGGCAACUCGGAGCUGGGGGUGGCGGUGCCUACCACUCCCGCCACGCCACCGCCUACCCCGGCGCGGUGGAUCGGUUCGUGUCUGCCAUGUGAGCCUGGGGGGUGGGGGGUAGGCAUGAAACCUCACUGACUCCAGGGACGUUCUGAAAGAUGUAAAUCCCCCCGGGCCCGGUGAACAGGACUAAAAAAUGACUGAGACUCAUGUGCGAGGCCCCCGAGGGCCGCGGAGGCUCGGUGUCUAGCACUGUUCACAGCCCCGAUUUGCUUUGGAUGUGGGAGGACGUAGGGAGGCUACAGCCGCGUUUGGACUGACACAAGGGACCCUCGAUGAUGCGAAGCUCCAAAGAGCAGUGCCUUUUCCAGCGUUCUGCGAGGGAGGGCCCUAGGUUGUAAAGGGUGGAGAGUUCCAGAGCUGUCCAGAUCAGAAUCUAGGAUCCCGAACUGUGGUGGAGUCGUAAGGCUUCACCACACUAGUCGUGUGCUAGGCUGCGCCAAACGCGGGCUUUUUACAUGCUCGCCUCUUCUUGUACUUUUGACUACCGUACCCCAAUAAAAGGCUCCGACAGUGCCUUUGUAA